AUGACACAAAGCCUCAGCUGCGCAGCCCUCAUUUGGAGGGCUAUCUUUACCAACGGCGUCAACAAGCCCUUCCUAAACUUCAUAUUGAACGAUCUGCCCGAAUUGGGCCAGUGGUUAUACGACCUCGUCAAACGUGGGAGCGUCUUGGGUAGAUUUCCGGCCACUUACGGUGCGACCAAAACCCCAGAUGCCGAGUUCCCAGGCAUGGACAAUCCGUACAAUGAACUCGUCUUACAGCUACCGGAGAACAGAAAUGUUGUGGUUUCCCAAGCACAGAGAGUAGCUUUGACCAUUGUUGACAUUCUGAAGAUGGGCAGAGGCAAAAUGCCAAACAGGCUCGACGACCUUCAACUAAACGCCAGUCUAUGCAGCGACUUUGAUGCAAAUGCCAACCCUCCGUCACCAACAGAAGUCACAGGAGUAUACAACAGAAGUGACGGCAUCCUCUGGAACUUUAUCGAGUGUUGCGGUGAACGCAGCGCCGCUGAGCCAAAUACUCUAAUCGAAAACACGCAGAGUAGCAAGGCUGGUCAGAAGGCCCUCGAGCAAGAGCCUAGGGGUGCUCUAUGGCCCACCGCUGGCAAGGUCCCCGAUAAAAUCGUUAUGAUCGCGCACUCUCAGGCUUGCCUGGUCUUGCGCCUAGCGCUACAGACGCUGGUAACAGAGAUUCCGAAAGGCUCCCCUCAGAGACGAAUCAUUAAGGAAAGGCUAAGAAUAUUCACCUUUGGGAACCCAAGUGUCGACUGGAAGGUGAAAAAUGGGACAGAACACCCUUUGAGCAAAUACGUCAACACUACAGAGCAUUUUGCGAAUGAGGCCGACUUUGUGGCCAUGCUAGGCGUUGUGAUGCACCGCGACGACUAG